AUGCUUCAGGCUUUUGGUCUUGCCUACCAGAAGCUUGCCAUACUUUCUGCUGCUCCUAAGGUUGGAGUGAGGAUUAAGGUGGUGUCAAGUACACUUGGCAGUGUUGUGAUGGCUAAAGCAAGGCAAAACGAGGCCAACUGUGUUGUCCUGGACAAAAAACUCAAGCAAGAGCUUAAGCAUUGCAUAGAGGAACUUCACUGCAACAUUACUAUAAUGAAAGGUUCUCAAGCAAAAGUUCUUAGGCUUAACUUAGGAAGCUCGAAUGAAGUCCAAGCCCCAUUCUAUUCUGCUGCUGCUUCACCAGGAAAGGAUGUUGGAAGGCUGCUAGGUCACAAGAUGAAUCAUUCCACUCCUGUGAGCAGCCCUGAAGAACCAAGUACUUCUUACUCAAAAACUAGAGAAGGUUCAUCCUCACCAAGCUAUGAUACGGAAAGACCUCUUUUUCUUGGGUGUUUUAAAUAA